AUGUCUGAACAUCCUGCGCACUACUCGGGCGAAUUCCAUGCUCGCAAGCCGGGAUCCAAACCCAUGAUGAAAGGAGGCCACCAACCCGGCAUCAAAGUCGGCAACGACCGCUUCCCAGAAUCUCACGUUGAGCUUCAUCCCCCCGGAACCGCCCCAGCCGAAGCAUCCUUCCGCCCAAACUCCUACUCAGAAGUCCCCGGCCAGGCCAACAACCCCGAAGUCGACCCUUCUGGGCGGUCAGACCCCCUAGACUUUCCCGGCGCCACUUCAAAGGACGUGAAUGCGGGCUACGGCCGUCCAUUGCAAGGUCAAGAAGGCCGAGAGGUGGCUUCACAAUUACCAGGAAAGAAACACACUGGCACAAAGAUGCACGGCCACGAUCAUAAGAAGGGAGGUGGGCUGGGUGCCGUGGCUGCCAAUGUUAAUGCUAGCGAUCCUGUGAGAGAGCACGGAUGGGAUCUGCCAGAGGGCGUGGAGAAGGGCACGAGAGGGAAGGGAAAUGCGGAUUAUCCUGGAGCAGAGGAGAGGGAACCUGCAAAGGCGGAUGAGGUUGCUGCAGAGAGGUUUUAA